UUUGUGUACAUCCCAGCAACCUUAUGAAUAUCACCUUAAGCAGAAUAAAAUGGCAUAAAAUCCUUAUUUAUCAUUUAUAAUCAGUAUAUAAACCUUUACCAAACAGUUUAUUACACACUUUAAUGUAGUUUUAAUUUCAAUGAAAGAAAUUUCACAAUCAAAUUUAUAUUUAUCACUUAUAUAUUUAUUAUUAGAAACUUUAUUCAUACAUGCUGAACUGUUUGUUUGUGGGAUCUUUUCACAGUUUGCAAGUCUCAAGGUUGUGCUAGUUUAGUAUUUGGAAAUAAUUGGACGUGUUCACACUUAUCACUGUAUAUUUUACCCAUAAUUAGUAGAAAAUUAUGUGCUUCUUUCCAGGAAAUAGGAGAUUAUUUGGAGAUAAAUUGUAAUUUAAGGACCUCUAAAAUAAAGCAUUACCUUUAUUAUCGUUCAUUUUCUGUUUAAAUACAGCAGCCUCCACUUUUGGGAGUCCCUUGGAUGACUUAGAUUUGUGUCUGUUAUUAACCAUUUAUUACAUCUUUACAUAUUGAUUAUUAGGGAGAUAUUAUAAUAUAGAGAAUAUCCGAGGAAAUGUAAACAGAGUGCUCACUAUUAAACAUUUUUUAAUCCGUUAAAUUCCUAGAAAUAUUUUAAUCUUUCCAUCUCUGUCACACACGCUGCCACUCACUCCGUAUGAAAUGACUGUUUGUUUCUCUGCAUUGUAGCAGCGCGGACCGGCGAGGGGCGGGGCAGAAAAAAGGGGGCUCAGAGCGGGUCGUGAGGGCGGUGCAAAAGAAGAAAAAAAAAACAGAGAGAGAGAGAGAGAGAGAGAGAGAGAGAGAAACUGUCCCCGGUUUGAAAGCCGGUAAUUAGUGACGUGCCUUCCCGAGGAGCAGAGCGGAGCAGUCGCUGCUAAGAGUGCAGCCAGGUGGCGGAUGAAAACAGGGGCUCCGCCAAAACCACCGGGGCGAUGAGGAGAGGAGAGGACGGACGACAGAAAGCCCUCUGCCGCAGAGGAAACCCAGAUUAGACUGAUUUGACAUACAGCUCCACCGGCAUCCCCGGUGCGUGCACACCGCGUCAGCGAUCCUGCGACUCCCACCAAACCACCCAACCAACCCGCCUCGGCCACACAUCAGGCUGUGUGGCGACUUGGUGAUGCAGGGUGGAGCUGGACGCACGGACAGCCGGCAAGAUAACACCUUGGUGUGAAUGCGUCUUAGAUGAUCUCCGUCAUCACCGGGUCGGUCCCCCCCUCGGUUCCCCUCUUUAGCUAUUUCAGCGGAUGAGAGAACCCCGGGGGAAGGGCUGCCCCUGUGACCGGAGUAGGGUUGGAUUCUCCCCGGCUGGUGACCUCCUGCUCCGGGGACACAUCCUCCCACCACCUGGCGUCACCUCUCCUCCCCCAGACUGAUAGCGACGGAGCCCACCGAUGCGUCCGGCAGCCCCUGAUGCUCGGCAGUGCUCCGGGGCUUUCCGGUCGGUGGGAGAGGCUCGAGCCGCGGCCGCGCGCUAGGAUGCUGCGCCAGGUGUUGCACGCGGGCCUGAGGACCUCCUUCCACGCGCUGGGCCGGUUCGUGGCGGGCCACCCGGUGUUCUUCGCCUCGGCUCCUGUGCUCCUGUCCAUCCUGCUCGGGGCCAGCUUCAGCCGGUACCGCGUGGAGGAGGACGUGGAGAGCCUGCUCGCGCCAAAACACAGCCUGGCCAAGAUAGAGGGCAACCUGGUGGACAGCCUGUUCCCGGUCAACCGCUCCAAGCACGCGCUCUACUCCGACCUGCAGACGCCCGGCCGAUACGGGCGCGUGAUCGUCACCACCCGGAAGGGGAGUGUGCUGGACCCGGUUCACCUGGACACCAUACUAAAGCUCCACAGACGCAUCUACCAAAUGCAGGUGACCGUCCCGGCCACAGGCUUCAACAGCUUCAACUACUCCUUCUCUUACCUCUGCCUCCCCGACGACAAGAACGUCUGCAUCAUCGAUGACAUUAUUCGCGCCAUGGAGGAGAUCCAAUCAGCUCGCACCUCCAACCGCUCCGUCCCAGUCCUGCGGUACCCGAUCACGCAGCUGGCAGACGGGCGGCAGGCGUACAUCGGACACCAGCUGGGUGGGGUUCAGGGGUGGGGUCCCAGCGGGGCGGUGCGAGGUCUGGGGACAGGAGCCAGGGGAGAAGGUGUACGUUCUGCGCGGGCAUUGCAGCUCACCUACUACCUCCAAGCCCGAGGCGGCCUGAUGGACCGGGUGGCCGGCCAAUGGGAAAAGGCCUUCUGCGCAGAGUUACAGCACUUUGCGGCGCUGCACCCGAAGCUGGGGCUCUACCCUUCCACUUCCUCCUCUCUGAGGACAGACUUCCAGUUUUCCUCGGUGCUGGCACGUCGCCCCCUGUUGGCCAGCUUGGGGGUGUGUGGCGUGCUGGCCGUCCUCUGCUGCUCUAUGAGGGACUGUGUGAGGUCCAAACCCUGGUUGGGACUGCUGGCUUUGCUGUCAAUCACACUGUCAGGCCUCACUGCUGCUGGGAUACUCAACCUGACCGGGGCCACCUACAACUCCACAUACCUGGGCAUCCCUUUCGUCAUGCUUGGUCACGGGCUCUUCGGCUCCUUCGAGAUGCUGUCGUCGUGGCGGCGAACCCGGGAGGACCAGCACGUGAAGGAGCGCGUGGCGAGCGUCUUUGAGGAUGUCAUGCUGCGUUUCUCCGGCUCCACCAUGCUCCACCUGAUGACCCUGGGCCUGGCCGCCUCGCCGCUCACCAACAUGGAAGCCGUCCGGCUCUUCUGCCGCACGGCCGCCUUAGCCGUCACUAUCAGCUAUGUUUACAUGUUGUCCUUCUACAGUUCCUGCCUGGUGUUUACAGGAUACUUAGAGACCGGAUACAGACACGGCUGCUUCUGCCGCAGAGUCCCCAAACCGGACCGGCUCGACUCCAAACCGGCCUGGUACAGGUGUUUAAUGUACACCCGUUACCAGGACGAGACGCAAACGACCAACCCACCACACGUGGUCGGACACAGCCAUGCUCACCCACCAAAUCCCAACCUAACUCACACACAUGCGCACACACAUCCACAUAGCGCAAACAACCCUAAUUCACACGGACACGGUCAUGUGGCGAACUCCACACACGCACAUCCACACCCACACCCUCAGACACACCCCAAUACCAGCACGGACCCUCAUCCUCAGGACUCUCACCUUUUGCUGGGGUGUGUGAGGCGUUGCUAUGGAGACUGGAUCACUAAUACUUAUGUCAAACCCUUUGUGGUUCUGCUCUACCUGGUUUACAUCUCCUUUGGAUUGAUGGGCUUCCUACAGGUGACCCAGGGUUCUGACCCCAGUGCGUUGGUUGCCAUGGAUACAACGACAGUCUUGUACACCCGUGCCCAGCAGCGAUACUUCAGCUCGUACUCCCCCGUCAUUGGAUUUUAUAUCUAUGAAAGCGCCCCCUACUGGAAUGCCUCGGUGCAGCGGGACCUGCUGGAAUACGCCAAAGGCUUCCAGAGAAUCAGCUGGCUGGAGGCGUACCUGAACUACCUGACAGACCGCAACCAGUCCACCAGCCAGUCACGGGAAAACUUCACCCGCACACUCCGCCACUCCUUCCUCCGCGAGCCACAGUUCGCCCACUUCGCAGACGACAUCAUAUUCGCAGAGCGAGGUCAGGGCGAGGAGCCUGACGUGGCCGCAUCGCGGAUCUUCCUGGUGGCCAAGACGACAGAGAACAAACGCGAGGAGAUGUCAGUGCUGCUGGACACGCUGCGGCGCCUGUCACUGACCUCACGCGUUCGUUUCCUAAUCUUCAACCCCUCCUUCGUCUACCUGGACCGCUACGCUGCAGCGGUGAGCUCCCCGCUCAGACACUCACUGCUGGCGGUGCUCUUCCUGUUGGGUCUGUCCUCCCUGGCCGUGGUGGAGCCGCUGGUCUCCGUGUGGCUGGGCCUCACCCUGCUCUCCGUGCAGUUCGGGGUGCUGGGCUUCAUGACCUUAUGGGGUGUGGAGCUGGACUGCAUGUCUGUGUUGUGUCUGAUCUCAGCUUUGGGGCACUCUGCAGACUGCAGCGGCCCCCUCCUCUGUGGCUUCGCCUCGGGUCGGGGUGAGAGCAGGACUCGCUGGGUGAGAGUGGCGCUGGAGAGACACGGCGUUCCCUCCCUACAGACGCUCAUCUGCUACAGCGCUGCCCUGGUGCCCGUGGGCUCCGUACGCUCCAACCUCACACGCACACUGUUCCGCUGCCUCACCCUCACGGCCGGCUGCUCGGCCCUGCACACGCUGGCGUUCCUGCCCACCCUCCUCACCUUCCUGCCCCCCUCCAAGAGCCGGGGCCACCGGCCCGGCGGAGACGGGCAGAGACAGGAGGUGGAGUGUGUCGAAAUGAACGACAGCACCCGAGUGGUCGACCAGAUCACCACUGUCUGAGCAUGGGAUGAUGUUGUGUUUUCGCCCCCCACCCCGCCCCCGGUUGCCAUGGUGACUGCCGGCUGGGAAUUGGUUCAUUGUAGUCUGAGCAGCCGCUGUGCAUGCUGCAGACAAGAAUGCUGAUCCUUGUGAGGAAGAGAGGAAGAGAAGGAGAGAAAGAUGGGAAGAAUUAAUAGAGGCUGAAGGUCGAGAGAAAAAAGAUUCAAACAAGAAAAAGAGUCGGAGUCAGUAAAGACAAGGAGAGAGAAAGAGGGGUUUCCAAUGCAGUGUAUCCAUGGUUACCUGCUUGUUGCUAGUGCUGUGUGGCAUGUGAAUGAGGUUUGUUUUUCCCCAAGUAGCCAAACAGGUUGAGGAUCAGCUGAGGUCAGGCCUGGAUGCGACCGCAUCACAGAGGAAGUGCAACACUUUUCACGUCUCCAAAACUCGCUUUAGAUCCGAUCACAUUGUUUGGCUACCGCUAUCUGUCCGCCAUAUCAAGUUGCACAAAUACAGCUACAAUGACAUGAGGCAAUCAUCUGUAUAACUCGAGUAUUUCUACUUUAAUGCUGGACAAAUAAAGUCAAAUGAAGGAAACAUUGUCUGAUGUGGUUUU